AAAUGUUAUAUAUACAGGUCCUGGCUCCAAAGGCCAGCUUAUGUUAAAAUGGUUACUUCAAUUUGAGAGCUAUAGAUUAUAGAUAGAUCAUAGAUUAUAGAUACAUCUUUUUAAUUCAUAUAUAUAUAUAUAUAUAGUUUAGAAGAUUUAGAUUCAUUUCUAACGUGGGUCGCCGGGAAAUCAAGACUCCGGUCUCCCGCGGAGGUGGCCGUGGUGGUGAUGACAUAUGGCGAAAGGUCGGAAACUGACCACCAGCCGCAGCGAACGCUACCUGGGAAGCUACGAUUACCGUGACCGCCACCACCACGGCCACGGGACGGUCGCGGCCGAGGCGACGGAGCUAGGCGAGGAAGACGUGUGGUCGAUGGUGGACGACAUGGUCAACGGGGGCGGUGAUGACGACGAUCGCUCGAUGGAUUCACGCGGCGAGUGGAGCCCACGCUCCUCCGCGGAGAGCGACGGCAGCCGGGGGCAGCUGCGCCAAGUGGGCGGGCUGUCUCUGGCGUUCGAGGACACGGGCAAGACGUCGUCGCCUAGAGUGGUGCACCAGUUCCGUGGCCAGGACAGCGUAUCAUCGAGGCCACGUGCACGCCACGUUGCCACGUCGGCCCCGGUCAACGUGCCCGAUUGGUCGAAGAUUUACCGGGUCGACUCGGUCGAGUCGCUGCAUGACUCAGAUGAAGGGUUCGACGAUCGUGAGUCAGAGAUGGUCCCGCCGCAUGAGUUCUUGGCGCGCGAGCACCGUAAGAGGUCGGAAAACUCCGUUUUUGAAGGUGUCGGCCGGACGCUGAAAGGGAGAGACUUGAGACGGGUUAGGGAUGCUGUGUGGAGUCAGACCGGGUUCAAUGGUUAAAUAAUUGUUUCAUCAUUGUUGGUAGAGUAAUAUUCCUAAAUUUUUUUUGUGGGCGAUAACUCGGCCGAGUCAACUCGGCAACAACUGAGCCCAAUUCAAAUUCUGGUUGAGGUCUGCUUGUUCAAGCCCCUCUUGGAAUCCCAACUCGUGUACUGUAUUUGUGAUCGGUCUGUCCAGGGGCAAUUUGGUCAUUUCGGAAUCAUUAGUAUGAGAGCGUUGAAAUUUUGAGUUCA